AUGAGCUGGGACAGUGCAGAGGAAUUCCAGACAUUCCCUUUGCUGCUCUUCAUUGAUGAAGCCUUUUCUCCCUUCCAGGCGUACCUCAUCUACUCCAGCAGUGUUGCGGCUGGUGCCCAGAGUGGUAUUGAGGAAUGCAAGUUCCAGUUUGCUUGGGAUCGUUGGAACUGUCCGGAGAGAGCUUUGCAACUCUCCAGUCAUGGAGGCCUUCGCAGUGCUAACCGAGAAACAGCUUUUGUCCAUGCAAUCAGCUCGGCUGGAGUCAUGUACACAUUGACACGAAACUGCAGUCUUGGGGACUUUGACAAUUGUGGAUGUGAUGAUUCUCGCAAUGGACAGUUUGGAGGCCAAGGAUGGUUGUGGGGAGGCUGCAGUGACAAUGUGGGCUUUGGAGAAGCCAUUUCCAAGCAGUUUGUGGAUGCCCUUGAAACAGGGCAGGAUGCCAGAGCAGCAAUGAAUCUGCAUAACAACGAAGCUGGCCGAAAGGCUGUGAAAGGGACUAUGAAGAGGACCUGCAAAUGUCAUGGGGUUUCGGGCAGCUGCACCACCCAGACCUGCUGGCUGCAACUCCCCGAGUUUCGAGAAGUGGGCACGUACCUGAAGGAGAAGUACCAUAAAGGACUGAAAGUGGACAUAUUGAAAGGGGCUGCCAACAGUGCUGCAAGUCGAGGGGCCAUUGUGGAAACCUUCAGUUCCAUCUCCAAAAAGGAGCUUGUCCACUUGGAAGAGUCUCCUGACUACUGCCUGGAGAACAAGACUUUGGGUCUUUUGGGAACUGAGGGCAGGGAAUGCCUGAAGAGAGGCAAGGCCCUGAGUAAGUGGGAGAAGCGGAGCUGCCAGCGCUUGUGUGGGGACUGUGGGUUGGCUGUGGAGGAACAGCGGGCAGAAAUGGUGUCGAGCUGCAACUGCAAAUUCCACUGGUGUUGUGCGGUUCGUUGUGAGCAGUGCCGCAAACGUGUCACCAAGUAUCACUGUGUCCGCAAGGAGAAGGGAGAGCAGCAUGGGGGCAACGUGCCCCCACGCAAGCUCAGGAGGAAGCAGCCUUAGUGCCCACAAACACACAUUUGCUCUUUCACAAUGUCUCAUAGUUUUACUCCCUUCUACUUUAUUUUCCAUACAUAGAUCUAUCUAUGGAAAGGAAGCCUUCACUUGUCUAGUCCUUAACCCCACUUUGGAGAACCCACUUGGAAGAAGCUUGCAGAUGUUCCAGUAAAGAUGAACAUAGCCCUAAGCUGAUAGACUGUUAUGGAAUUAAUUUGGCUUCAAAGCCCAAAGUGAGGAUCUGAAAGGAUUCUGCCUUGGAUUCUGUUGGGAGGGAAUUUAGACAUCCCACUCCUACCAGACUCCGCAGCAGCUUGAAGGCAAGUAUCUGAUGCAGUCCACAAGCAUUUUCCUUUCCCUGAUUAAAAUAUGGAAACUGACUGAACAAAAAUACAAUAAACCAAUCCACCUUGUCUAAAAAGAAAGUACACUCCUGAAAGUUGUCUAGAUCAGCUAGAUUUAAAAAAAACAUCUUUUGCCAUAUUGAGGAACAAAAGCAGGGUAUUUUGAAUUGUUGGCAAGGAUUCUUGAGCAGUUAUGUUUAUAGCUACAUAAACUAGAGAAAGGUGUUUUCAAAGGCUUUCUAUGUUAUCAAAAAUAUGAAAUUUCCAUCUAUUGCAGGUUUGUUGACUAGGUCUGAAAAAGCCAAGGUGCAAGGUAGUGACUCCCAACUGCAGCCCUUGUUUACAGAAAGAGGGAAUCCAGCCAUGUAUCCUGGCUUAACCUCUCAAGAACAGCCUGCCUUGAUGUGCUUCCUAUUGGACUUGAGUGUCACAUGUCAUGCUUACAAUCAGGAACAUUCUCAGAUUUGCAGAGAUUUCUGAGAUCUGACAAGAGAUUUCACUUUAAAACAGUUUCCCCUCUCCAGUAGAGCUUUGUUUUGGCAUCUCCCUUACCCCUAUUACUGAGUGAGAAAAUUAGGGCUAGAGUGAAUUAAAUAAUUUUCAUUCAGGAUACCUGACUGUGUUAAGACACUCCUUAGGAGAUAAAGUGUUGCUGAACUAUGAAUUUAUCUUUGACGGUUAGCAUUUAUAAAUAAUGUGGCUAGCAUAUUAUAGGAGGGUGAGAGCCAGCUUGGUGUAGUGGUUAAGGCAUCAGGCUAGAAACCAGGAGACCGUGAGUUCUAGUCCCACCUUAGGCAUGAAGCCAGAUGGGUGUCUUUAGGCCAGUCUCUCUCUCUCAGCCCUAGGAAGGAGGCAAUGGCAAACCACUUCUGAA